AUGAGUGGACGUGGAAAAGGCGGCAAAGGUCUCGGCAAGGGAGGCGCCAAGCGUCAUCGCAAAGUUCUCCGUGACAACAUCCAGGGAAUAACGAAGCCGGCCAUUCGACGUUUGGCUAGACGUGGUGGAGUCAAACGAAUCAGUGGCCUGAUAUACGAAGAGACUCGUGGCGUUUUGAAGAUAUUUCUUGAGAAUGUAAUCCGUGAUGCGGUCACUUACUGUGAACACGCCAAGCGGAAGACCGUUACAGCCAUGGAUGUCGUCUAUGCGUUGAAGCGACAAGGUCGUACUUUAGUGCCGUCUUUAAAGGAUGUUACGAGCUCUUGCAGUGGCGAUUAA